AUGCGGUUUGGUUUCCCUGCCUGGCGUGCCUGCCCUCUUUCAGUCCACGUGGUACUCGUAUUAGCUAACUGGCAACGGGUCCUGUUAAGCGCUUCGCCUCGUUCCCUCCUAACACAAACUGCUCUGUGUAGCAACCGCAACAGCGCAAGCGAAAGUGUCUCACGCCUCCCUUUCUAUCGUGGUACUGAGAGGGACGGUCUUGACUUUCUUGAUUUGGAAGAUCGCCACACCUAUUCCUUCUACUCCCCACAAGGCCCGUUCAACAUACCUGAGGAGAGACGUAGAAGCAGGUUGGGGGGAGGCUUCGAUGGGCAAGCGGAACUUGAACGAAAUUCCGUCCGAAGGCAAGUAGUUAAGAACAAAAGCUCGAGCAUACAGCGGAAAGCAUACGCCUUUGGGCAAAAGGAAGCAUUAUCCGCUGGCACAAGAAUAGCAAACAGACCAGUACAACGCUUGACUGAUCAUCGAGGACCCUACCGGGCAAGAGCCCCCUUUCUCGAUCGAACCGGGCUGCUGCUAUCACAAAUCUCUAUUCGUGCUCGAGAGCAUUUGGUUCCUGGCAUCCGAUUACGAGCUUUCUUGAUCGGUCUCACUUGCCAUCUUCGGUAUUGGACUUUGCUUAUCUACGAUGAAACUUUCUAUGCUCGUACCUACCACUUGUUCCUAAAUCUUCGCUUGGAAAAGCAAAAACUAUCCAACCCUUUCGGAAAAGCGGCGUUCCAGCCUAGCAGAAAAGGGGUUGAUGCACCUCCAUCCAAUUUCAACAACUACUUGGGGCUAUCUACUCCAACUGGCUCGCGGGUAGCGAUAAGGACAGGAUGGACUGGUGGAAAUGCAACUACUGGUACGAAUGCUGGUACAAGGGCACUGGCUAAAAAUGGCUGUAAGAGAACUCUCCCACGGGAUGGAGUGGAUGGAUUGUCCCUUGCUUGCUGUCAACUUAAUGCGCUUACCUUACUAUGGAAAUAUAUAGCCCUAUCGUUUAUCCCCUCCCCUAUUGGACUGGAUGGAAGAGAACUCCCAGGUAUAAGGGAUUAUCUUAAGGCAGGGCUUUCCUCAAGAACUAGGGUUAUUCAGCUCUUGCGCCCUGGGCCAAUCAGGGGAAAAGCCGAGUCUGCUCCUGCGCCAUUAGCAGAUCGAGGGCAUAAAAGACUUCUGGCAGCUAGAAAGACGAUCGAUGCCAGAUUUGGCACAACGACUCGAAAAAGACCCUUUGCGAAUUGCCCCCUUUAUAGUCCUGAGAUUGGGAAAUACCUCCUUACGCGGCUUCCUUCUCCGGCUUUAAGGACUCGAAGCUACUUCCGUAGAAGGAACAUAGAAAGGCUCUGA